CAAAAAACAAAAUAAAAUUUUCUUUGGCCAAAGAUAUUAGGUACGGAUGUCUACGGAGUCUUAACAUUAAAGCAGAGGAGAGCAUAUGUUUUACUCUCUCUAAACAGCUGACAGAUACACACACCAGACACCACGCAGAGCGAGAGAGCGAGAGAUCGAGAGAGAGCGAGGAUUAUGGAUUUGAGAGUGAAGUCGCUGCUUCAUCCUUCAACUGUGGAGUUAUGGUGUGUCUACUUCAUCUUUUUCUCUCUACUUCACACUUCCUCUGCUCAGAAUGCUACUACAGACCCAGCUGAAGUGAGGGCACUGAACUCGAUAUUCCAGCAAUGGGACACACGAUCAGUGGCACUAUGGAAUAUAAGUGGAGAGCCUUGUAGCGGAACUGCCAUUGAUCAAUCUGAUUUGGAUGCUGCAGGCAACAACCCAGCCAUCAAAUGUGAUUGCACCUACGACAAUGGUAAUACCUGCCAUAUUAUCCGACUGAAAGUGUAUGAUUUGAAUAGACAAGGAGUGAUUCCCGAAGAAAUUCUAACUUUUAAAAAAUUAGUUUUUUUGAAAAUUGAUAAAAAUUAUUUCACGGGUCCUUUGCCGGCAUUUAUCGGAAAUUUAACAGCAUUAAGGGGUUUGUCUAUUGCUCACAAUGCAUUCUCUGGGACAAUUCCAAAGGAACUUGGAAACUUGAAGGAUCUAACUUUGCUGUCUCUUGGUGUGAACAAUUUCUCUGGGACUCUACCUCCAGAACUGGGUAAUUUAGUCAAACUUGAGCAAAUUUAUAUUAAUAGUUGUGGAUUGGAUGGUGAAAUUCCCUCAACCUUCGCCAAUCUCACAAGGAUGAGAAUCUUGUGGGCAUUUGAUAAUCCUUUCACAGGCAAGAUUCCAGACUUCAUUGGGAAUUGGACAGAGCUUACAACAUUGAGAUUACAGGGGAAUUCUUUUGAAGGUCCAAUCCCAUCGAGCUUUUCUAAAUUAGUCUCAUUGACUACUUUAAGACUCAGUGAUUUCCAUAAUGUCAGCUCUACUCUUGAUUUUAUGAAGAAUAUGAAGAACUUGACCGACUUGGUUUUAAGGAAUGCAUUAAUCACUGGUACUAUUCCACCUGAUAUCGGAGAAUAUCAAACCUUGAAAAUAUUGGAUUUAAGCUUCAACAACUUGACAGGAGAAAUUCCAGGAGCUUUGUUCACUUUGAGUUCUCUUGAGUACUUGUUUCUAGGAAAUAAUAGUCUAUCUGGAACCAUUCCGAGCCAAAAAAGUGAUUCGCUGCAAAAUAUAGAUUUAUCUUACAAUCACCUUACUGGAAGUUUUCCUUCAUGGGUAAACUCGAAUUUGCAAUUGAAUUUAAUAGCCAACAACUUUGUGUUUGACAACUCAAACAUAAGUGUAAUUCCAGGAUUGAAUUGUCUACAGAGAGAUUUCCCUUGCAAUAAGAAUGCUCCACGCUAUGCAAAUUUUUCAAUCAAGUGUGGUGGUCCAGAGACACCUUCUGGUGGGAUACUGUAUGAAGCUGAAAAUUCAUCCAUGGGUCCAGCAUCCUUCCAAGUAGCCACUAGUCAAAAAUGGGCAGUAAGCAUUGUGGGCUUGUUUGCUGAUAGACAGAAUCCAUCAUACAUUGAAGAUACCUUGUCACAAAUAGCCGGCACCAACACUCCAGAGCUUUAUCUGACUUCAAGGGUAUCCCCUAGUUCAAUUAGAUACUAUGGCCUUGGUCUUCAAAAUGGGAUUUACAACAUUAGCUUAUUAUUUGCUGAAACAUCACUUAAACAUAGAAGCUCAAGAAUUUGGGAGAGCAACGGAAGGCGUGUCUUUGACAUCUAUAUUCAGGGAGUCCGCCAGUUGGAGGACUUCGACAUAUCAGAGGAAGCUGGUGGAGUUGAGAGAGCUACUACAAAGCAUUAUAAUGUUAAUGUUACUGAGAACCAUCUUGAAAUUCACCUGUUUUGGGCUGGUAAGGGCACCUGCUGCACACCCUUACAAGGCUAUUAUGGACCAAUCAUUUCAGCACUAAGUGUUGUUUCAGCUUUUAGGCCAACCGUUAGUGGAAUACCACCUGGUAUUCCGAAGAAGAAGAGCAGGCCGGGUUUGAUCAUCGGUAUAUCAGUCUCUGCUGGAGUCAUAAGCUUUGUACUUAUAUUUGCAUUUCUUUACAUGAAAAGACAACAAAGCAAGAGAGAUGAAGAAGUGCUUUCCGGAAUAGGCCAUAGACCAUAUACAUUUAGUUAUGCAGAGUUGAGAAUGGCCACGCAAGACUUUUGUCCCUCGAAUCAGCUCGGAGAGGGUGGAUAUGGACCUGUGUACAAGGGAACACUUCCUGAUGGGAGAGAAGUAGCUGUGAAGCAACUCUCCCUAGCAUCUAACCAGGGGAAGAAUGAAUUUAUAGCUGAGAUUGCUAUAAUAUCCGCAGUUCAACAUCGAAAUCUUGUGAAAUUGCAUGGAUGCUGCAUAGAAGGAAAUAGACGACUCUUGGUCUACGAGUAUCUUGAAAACAAGAGUGUAGAUAAGGCAAUAUUUGGAAAAACUGGCCUGCAUCUUGACUGGCCAACGCGCUUUAAUAUUUGCUUAGGAACUGCUAGAGGUCUAGCUUAUCUUCAUGAGGAGUCAAGGCCAAGAAUUGUACAUAGAGAUGUGAAAGCAAGUAAUAUUUUGCUUGAUGCAGAGCUCUGCCCUAAAAUAUCAGAUUUUGGAUUAGCAAAGUUGUAUGAUGACAAGAAAAGCCACAUCAGCACUCGAGUCGCAGGAACCAUUGGCUAUUUGGCACCAGAGUAUGCAAUGCGCGGACAUCUAACAGAAAAGGCUGAUGUUUUCAGCUUUGGUGUUCUUGCUUUAGAAAUUCUCAGUGGAAUACCAAACUUUGAACACAAUUUGGUUGAGAAUAGGAUAUACCUUCUGGGAUGGGCAUGGACUCUGUAUGAAAAUAAUCAGAGUCUGGCAUUGGUGGAUCCAAUACUGAUGGGUUUUGAUGAAGAUGAAGCUCUUAGAGUUAUAGGAGUGGCUCUGUUGUGCACUCAGGCAUCACCAAUAACAAGGCCAACAAUGUCAAGAGUUGUGGCAAUGCUUUCUGGAGACAUUGAAGUGAGUCCUGUUACAGCAAAGCCAAGCUACUUGAGUGAUUGGGAUCUCAAGGAUAUAAACUCUGAAACUAAAACGUUUGCUGAAUCUGAGAUUAGUAGCAGCAAGACACAGGACACCCAUUAUAACAAGCCAAAUGAUAAUAAUCAGGUGGUUGAUCCAGCACACACUCCAUUAAAUAUCACAGAGCCAAGGGUCAGUGACCUUAUUGGUGAGGGAAGGUGAGAGAUUUGCUCUAGGUUUGGGAUUGUUUGGCCAUUUCUCUUUUCUUUCUUUUAUUUAGAAGAGCUUCACUUCAGCUUCUUAUCACUUCAAAUUGCUCUUGGUUAAAUGUUGAAAUGCAAGGUCUAUGAAUUAGAAAAGGGAAGAACAAAUGAAUUAGAAAAGGGAAGAACAAAAUGAAAAGGAUGGGAGGGUUUUUUUUUUUUUAACCUCUUUUUCUUUUUUUUUUUAAAUUUGUACAUGAGGUUUUUUUUUCCUUAUUCUUUUUUUUUUAAUUAUUUUUUAUGUUUAUAAAAGGGAAA